UGAAACGUGUUUCAGUCAAAUGUACACAAAACUGCAGAAUUUCGAAAUCAUAUGUUUCUUUAAAAGAUCGAGUUUGAUGAAAAUUUAAUAAAUUUUAUUGACGUUUUUUAGUUUAUAAGUUACAUUUUUCGUUGAUUUUAAAUAUUUUAAAAAAUAAAUAUGGACAAAGAAUUAUUAAAUAACUUAUCUAAUGCUGUUUCCAAUGGACGAACUGACAUCGUUCGUUCGCUUUUGAGCAUGUGUGAGAACGGUUCUGCUGUUUCAAAUGGGACCAGCAUAUCAGCUAAUCAAGUUAUAAAUGAAAUAUGUAAUCCAUCUGGGACUCUUUUACAUUUAGCAACAAAGUUGGACCAUGUUGAUAUUGUUAGAACAUUACUUUCAUCAGGUGCAAAUCCCAAUAUAGAGAAUGCUCAAGGGGAAACUCCAUUUGAUCUAACACAAUCGGAAGCAAUGACUGCAGUAUAUGUCGAUGAACUGCUAAAAUGUUCUGCCAAAUCUGAGUUGGAUCGUAUUAAGCUGCUUAUACUUGGUGGUGUUGAUGUCAAUAGUCAAGAUUCUCCCGAAAGCAUGAAUACAGCAUUACAUUGGGCUGUUUGCUUUGGAAAACCAGAAGCCGUGCAAUGUUUAAUAGAUUAUAAAGCUCUGCCAAAUGUUGUUAAUGGUCAGGGUGUGACUCCAUUGCACGAAGCUGUGCAACGGAAAAAUAUUGAAAUAAUAAAGCUACUCCUGGCAGCUGGAGCUGAUCCAUUAUUUAAAGCUACUAAAGGGAAAUUUAUGGACAAAUCUCCCUUGGAUAUUGCUGAAGGAAAUGAAGAAAUUAGUCAACUUCUUUCUGAGUAUUUGCCUAAAGAUUCUGAAUCUGAAAAAAGUGGUGAAGACUCGCAGUCUGAGCAAUUAUCCAAGGAUAAUGUGGAAAAUUUAAGUGCUUCCCUCCAAUCAUUAAAUUCAAUUUCAGAAUCUUCUGCAAAGCAUCAAUCUAAAUAUACUCCACUCUCUACAGUACAUGUUCCACCGUUUCUUCUAACACCUUUGCCGCUGAUAACUGACAGUAAGUUACAUUUACUGUGGCCACAGCCACGAAAAAUAGUUCAAAUUGGAUCAUCAUUUUUCAAACUACAACCAAAGUAUACCGUUGAAAUCAUACAUAAUGUUUCUGAUGUUUCUGCUCUGUCUAUCAUUGAUGUAUGGAAUCUCCAUAGUUCUAAAUUUACAUCAUUGGGUUUUGAAUGUGAAGUGGGAAAAAUUAUAGAAUCUAAUUUGCAUUGCUGUGGAGACAUUUUAUGCCAGAUCAAUCCAGAAAUGUUUCCGAGGACUGAGAGCUAUAAGUUAACCAUUUUUCAAAAUCAGUUGCGUAUAGUAGCUUCGGAUCUUCGAGGCUUGCACUAUGCCUUAAACACACUUGAACAACUUUUCACUUUAUAUGCUGAAGAUGGGUCUCUGCCUACUCUUUUUAUGAAUGACUGGCCUCAGAUACAUCACAGAGGUGUUUUGUUAGAUAUUGCAUAUGGUGCCAGAACGCCAACUUUAGAAACUUUGAAGGGAUAUAUAAAAACAAUGUCUUUGUUGAAGCUUAAUCAGCUGCACUUAUAUUUGAAGUAUGAACAAAAUAGAGGGAACACUUUACCGUACACUGACAAAGAGUUUAUUGAAUUGUCAAGGUUUUGUUCCGACCAUUUCAUCCACUUAGUUCCUGCCAUUGAUGUUGGUUGUAGUGAUUUUAGUUGUACUGAUACAAAAUGUGUUGAAAAGGCUAUUAACGUGAGAGAGAGCAUUACUGAUCCAGCUCAUCGAUUAAUGGCUUUAUUUUCUUCAAAGUGCAUACAGAUAGGACCAAAUUUCUCUAAAGUAAUAGCACAAGAAUUUAUUCAGUCUAAGAAUUCGAAGCUCAUUUGGGAAACGCUGUUACUUCCAAGCUCCACUACAGUAUAUCUGUGUUACAAUGACUCUCUUCGGCCAGGCUCUGAUUGGGUGAAGUUGCUUCCAGAGAAUUGUAUUUUAAUUGACUAUUGUUACCAGAUUGAGCAUAACUAUGAUCUAAAUACUAAAUUAAUAACUUAUGCUGGGUUCAAUGUAUGCAUUGGAACUGGUACUGCUGUUUGGGGAAGCAUUUCAGGGUCUCCCGAGACUGCUGUAUCAUGCAUUCACAAAGCUGCUGUUUGUGCUACGGUGCAUUCAGCAUAUGGUAUGAUUGUAGCAGAUUGGCAAACUCGUCCUCAUCAUCCAGCUUUUUGCUUCAGUUGGCCAGGUAUACUGUUAGCUGUUGGUUUGGCUUGGAAUGCGUCUGUUCAUUUGGAUUACCUCCAUGCAAGAUUACCCGAAUUGCUAAACGUUCAUAUAUAUCAGGAUGCAACUCAGGUAACUGGGUAUCUGACUGUAGAAUUAGGUCGCCUAGAAGUCUUCAUGCAUCAGUCAAUUUACCAAAAAUAUAAAGAUCCUAAAGCCUUCCAAAAUUGUAAAAGUUCCAUUCUACAUCAACUCCUAGUGGAUGCUGAUGCUGUACUUUUGGAUCAUUUUACUUUUGAUCUUUUACAGCAAGUCAUUAGGCAUCUUAGGAAAUUUGAAUUGGAGAUACCAAAAGCUAGACCAACGUGUUUUCAUCAUGGAGAAGUUAUAUCAGAAUUAAGACUAGCAAUGGAUCUACUUUUAUUUGCUUGCAGGCUUAGCAAAGUAAUGGUGGCUACUGGUCUUAAUCCUUCUUCAAAUCCCUGUGAAUUAGCUGUGGUAAAUGUUGGAAUAAGUAAUAUGGCUCCAAUUGCAAGGACAGAUCUUGCAAAUAAGUUACUAGCUCUGAUUGAACAAUUCAGAGCAGUUUGGUUAAGUAGAAACUUGCCUACUGGUCUUGAGACUUCUAUGGCCAUGUUUAACUCUUUAUUAGCCAAAUUGAUACCAGAAAAUGAUGACUCACUUUAUUCUGUUGAUAGAAAUACUCCAUUGUUACAAGAUUUAUAUUCAUCAACAGAUAAUUCUGCCCGAAAACUUACUUGAAAGAGCAAUUUUUUGUUUAAUUUUUGGGAUCAAAAUGUAUGAAAUAUUUAUUUUUCAUCAUAUUGUUAUUUUUGUAUUUGAAUGAUAUUUCUGAAUAAUGGUGCAAAGGAACUUGUAAAUAAAUAAAGAAGACUCUUGCCUUUUUAAAGAUAAACUUUUCAAUGUCAAUUUCAUUCUGUCCAUGUUUAUUGAAAUUUUAUGCUUUUUUUAAAAUUAGACAGAAGCAUUUUAAAUCUCAAUUUCAUUCUAUGUUUUUUAAAAUUUGGAUUUGUUUUUUGAAAUUAGACUGAAGCAUAAAUUUUGUAAUUGUGUUGUAAUUGUAUUUGUAAUAUUUAAUUGUAUUGUAACAUCGGAUUAUCUUGUAUUUGUAAUGAUUGUAUUGUGAUAUUUGAUUGUAUUGUAAUUGUAUUGUGAUAUUUGAUUGUAUUGUAAAUGUAUUGUGAUAUUUGAUUGUAUUGUAUUAUUUCAAUGAAAGAAUUUAUUACAUUGAUGUUGUGCAUGUAAUAAUUAUGUAUUUAAGUGGAAAUGGAUAAUCUAUAUGAAAUUGUGUGACUUGUUUGUAUGGUGCACAAAUUAUUUUAAAACACAUUUGAACAAUUGACAUUAUCAUAUUCUUUGGGUUACAGGAUUUUGUUUAAUAGUGCAAGUCAUUUUCUAAGGUCUGAUCAUAUACAGUCAUUGGAUAUUUUAUUAUAUUAUCCAGAUACUGAUAAAAAAUUUGAUGUAUAUGUAUCUUUAAUAAAUAAAAUGUAAUAAUUUUUAAUUACAUAUUUUUUUUUUUGAAAUUUUGAAUUGAUAUUGUCAAUUUUUUUUUUCAGAAAUGGCCUUUUUAAUUCUUUUAUGAUAUGUUAAUUAAAAUUUUUAUUAACUAUCUAAUAUUUUUGUUUAAAAAUGCAUAAAAGUUAUAUUUUGUUAUUUUAUCUAUUACUUAUUAUUUUUUACAUUCAAAUUAAGAAAAUGAAUACCUGAAUCAAUUUAUUGUGUUAUAUACAAGACUUCAUGAUGUAUUUGUAAUAGUGUAUGAUAUAAAAAAUUUGUUUUUAUGUGUUUUAAAGUAAGAAACUGAUUCCCUGUACUUUCUUGUUUAUAGGGAAAAAAAUUGUAAAAUAUUUUGGAAUAACUAUUCUUCCAAAACACAUAACAGAUAAAAUUCUUUAUUCAUACAUAUUUUAAGUAUUGAAUAACUUUUACAUUUAAAAGGCUUGUAAAAGCAAGAACAAACAUUUUUUUA